AUGCUUCUCGACGAACACCCAGCGGUGAUUAUCAGCCAAUGCGUUAGCAACUUCAACGUCGCGCCCGACAAGGCAGCGAUAGGACGCAGCGAGAGCUCCUACAGGAACCUCGAACGCUUCCGCAAAGACCAAAUCAAAGUCGAACAGGACAAGCUGCACCAGCUCUCUCGCAACCUGAGCUCCCUCCAGUCCCAGCACAACGUCCUGACCCAAUCGCACAACCCUGCCGAGCAUGCCGCCGAUAUCUUGCGCCUGGACACCGAGAAAUUCAAGGUUGCGAAGCAGGUCUCUGAUCUAGAAAUCGAGGAAGAGCGCCUGGCGUCGGAGCUGGACCGUCUAAAGGCUGAGCUCGACGAGGUCGAUGCGCAGGGUCUCGAAGGUGGAAAUAUGCGGAGGUUUGAUGAAAGCGACGAAGACUCCCUCCUACUCAAGCUCCGAAUCUACCGCAUGAUGGGCAUCAGCCCCGAAAUCGAUCCCUUGUCUGGCAACUACACCAAAGCUUCUCUCGUCAGCAAAACCCGUAAGGGCGACUCAAAACACCUUGACUUUACCAGUAAUGUCUCGAGAAAGUACCAUGCCGACUUCAUCUGGGAUCACAUAUAA